CUCCACCACAUAAGCACUUUAACGUCAAGGCGACCCGUGCUUAGACAUGUCGUCGCAAGUGCAUGAGCUGGGCGCCUUAGGAUAGGACGAAUUGUGCGAGUGUGUGAGAUGGCUGCGGUAAGGCUUACCGUGCAUCCUGCGGCUGAGCGUGUGCGGAGUGAGAUCUGACCUGGCCCACAUAAGGUAUGCGUGGCUCCUCCCGAACUCUGUUCUUCUCUUCUCUUCUCUUCCUGCUUGUCACGUGCGCUGUUGUGUUUGUCCAACAAUGGCGAUUCGGGUUCCGAGAAGUCCCCAGGAGUGUCUAAUCAACCCAGAGUCGCCUGGGUGCCAAAAUGCAUCCAAUGAAGGGGGGACUGAACCUACUGUCGCUGCGACGACUGUUCUAGAUGGAGCCACGGAAGCAACACAGCCGACGACAGCUUUCUUUUCGGCCGCCACUGGUGCUGUAAUGGUGGUCACCACAAUCGGCACAAACAAUGAUGGAAAAGUGUGGACAAGGGUCGACACAGUCUCUGCAACCGAAGUAGCUAUAACCACAUCUUCAACAACAUCUCCAGUGUUCACGGAGCCGCCCGAGGCCAUACCCGUGAGCAGCGGAAGCAGCAAUGACGGACUCAGUACAGGCGCGAUCGCCGGUGUUGCAAUUGGGACAUUCCUCGCUGGUGCAAUUAUCGCCCUAGUCGUCGCCUGGCUCUUGUACAAGAGGAGAGACAGGAAGUUCGUGCAAAAGACCUGCCCCUCAGGAUACCCCAUCUACGCCGAUUCCUCGCCUGAGCUCGUCAUGGUGCAGAAGAACGCUGCAUUGGGUGGCCCGUACGUUCAGAUUUCGCAGACGCAGAUGCGCGCCCCGGUCCCGGUACCAUCUCGUGCGAUUGCGACAGGCGAUCCGCUUGCUGGUGUUCUCCCUCCUGCGGCCAGCGAGGUCGAGGUGCAAAAUCGCGUGGCUGUGCUGUUCGAGCAGAUACAUCAGCAUGUCGAUAGGUUCUACCGCGAUGUCCACGCUAGCAUCACUCCUAGUAUGGACUUGGAUCUAGCGUCAUUUGGAAAGGACGUCAACAUGCUCGAGCUGUUGCAGAGCUGUUCCCAGCCAACAGUGGCACUGAAACACGCCCUCGUCGUCUUCAUCCUGAAAGUCACUAGCUUGAAGGAAAAUGGGAAUGAACAGUCGCUCUGGCCUGAGUAUCUUACACACAUGCUUCACGCCAACGACUCUGACUCUGCCCACCUUACAACAGCGCAAACCCUCCACCGCCGUCUCUCAGUCUACCUCUACACCCAGCAAAACACACCUGCUCCCACGACCCGUUCGCAGUCUCGCCUCUCCAACCUCUCCGCCCUCUCACUCACCCGAAAGACCUCCUCCGCCAUCCGCGAAGCCGCAGAGCACUUCUCGCUGACCUUCUUUCCCUGGGCAAACCCCUCAUUCGGGGACCAGGAGCGGGAGGGCGAUCUCGCGGGGAUAAUUGCCGAGGCGCUGGAGAGCAGGAUAUGGUUGGUGGGGCAGAGUGCGGAGUGGAGUUUUGAGUGGGAGGAGCCGGGCAGAGGUACAGUGGUGCUGAAGCCUGCGGUUGUGGUUAGGGAGGGAGGUGGGCCGAGGAGGGUCGUUAUGGGCCAGAGCGUUGGCGUUAUCUAGACAUCGGGCCUGAUGUUGACCUGCGCCUGUCGUCGGACUGUCUAUACUUGUAACUGGAAACCGAGUAUGCUGGGCGUGAUGAUAAUUAGAUUUGAAGUAAUAAACAAAUCUCGGGCAUGCCUAAUCUCCCAACACCGUUGUCUGUCGCUUAGAGUUACACUAUAAACAUGAGGCAGGCACAGGGACUGUGCGUCAUGGAACCUGAUGUGGGAGGGGAGUUGUCGUGGAGAAUCAGGAUGGG